AUGGAUCCUCUUUCGGGUGCAGCAAGUGUUAUUGCAGUUGUCCAAUUAGCCGGAGGUAUCGUGAAAAUAUGUGGGAAAUACCUCAGUGAGGUCAAGGACGCGACGCAGGAUAUCCAGCGUUUGAAAGAGAAGAUCACCGCCCUUGCCCAUGUUCUUCAAUCUCUCAAGGAGCUGAUCGGUGGAUCUGAUGGCAAUAAACUUACUGCUACGCAAGACCUGGUCGACGACAUUGACAAUUGCUUCUCAGCACUCACAAAUUUGAAAGAGAAAAUCGAUCCAGAAACGACGCAAAAACGGAUGAGGAAAUGGGGCCUUCGAGCCUUGAAAUGGCCGAUGGUACGGUCGGAGGUAGAUUCUGUUAUCAUGGAGCUUGAGGGGUACAAAACAACAUUUGCUUUGGCCUUGCAGGUUGAUCAAACGUAG